AUGGACGCGCAGCGAGCAGUAACGGCUCUGGACGAGCUCGUCCAGCGACGCGACGACCUUGAGGUUGAUCUGCUUGUCUUUCUCGUUGGUGACAAGUAUGUCGUCCUGCAAGAGGGUCGCAAUUGCCGCCUGCGCAUCGGCCCUGUGCCAAUACUCGAGCACCUGUGCCUUGUUGGCCUUGUCGUGCCCACUCGCCGAAUAUAUGCCGUGCACCAGCACUCGCAGACGAUCCCCGCUGGCAGGCACGAGCCAAGCAACUGCUGGCGUCUUGGUGGCGACCCAUCACUCCGGCUGUGGAUCCGUUCAUACAGGAUGAUCCCACUGCACCCGAGGAAGAUGAACGGCAACCCGUGCUGCAAAGUCAUGAUAAAUCUGGUUUCCUCCUCAUCGCUGCGCCCACCGCUGUGCCAUUGA